GAGAGUCUCACAUGUCAUCGGACAGAAUAUCAGACUGGGAAUGAAUGCUGUCCAAUGUGUCCUGCUGGAAGUCGAGUUAAAACCCACUGCACAGAGUUCAGAAGUACAUCAUGUCUCCCCUGUGAAGAUGCGACUUUCAUGGACAAACUUAAUGGACUGAAACAAUGUCAUCAAUGUUCUAACUGUGAUUCUGGUUCUGGUCUGAAAAUAAGGUUGCCGUGUACACCAACAUCAGAUACCGUGUGUGAACCGGUGGAGGGAUUCUUCUGUAUCGACCCUGGAAGUCCAGGCUGCACAGCAGCUCAGAAACACAGGAGCUGUGAACCGGGACAAUACAUCAGAGAGAGAGAUGCUGGAUUGGUGUGUUUGAAGUUCAAAAUCUCAGUGAGAUGGUUUCUUCAGCUCAAGAAGACUUGUUACGUUCUUCAUAAAAUGACUUUAAGAGGAAAACAUUUGACGGCUAUAACCAUGCUGAUAAUUGUGACCACAGUCUUCAGUGUUCAAACUCUCAGGUGUCAUCUGACUGAAUAUCAGACUGGGAACAAAUGCUGUCGUAAUUGUCAUACUGGAAGACGAGUUCAAACCGACUGUACAGAGUCCAUAACCAGAUCAUGUCUCCGCUGUGAAGAUGGGACUUUCAUGGACAGACCUAAUGGACUUAAAAAAUGUCAUCAAUGUACUAACUGUGAUUUAGGUUCUGGUCUGAAAGUAAAGUGGCCGUGUACACCAGCAUCAGAUACCGUGUGUGAACCGAUGGAGGGAUUCUUCUGUAUCAGCACACGUCGAGGCUGCACAGCAGCGCAUAAACACGGGAGCUGUGAACCGGGACAAUACAUCAGAGAGAGAGGAAACGCCUCCUCAGACACCGAGUGCUCCGACUGCAGCAGUGGAACAUUUUCAAAUGGAACGUUGACGUCUUGUCAGCCGCACACACAAUGUGAAACAAACCACCUUCAGGUGAUAAAAGCAGGAACAGCUUCAACUGAUGCAGAAUGUGGAGAACAAUCGUUCACAACUCCAAUCCUGGCAGGAGCAGUUGUUCCUGUUGUUUUUUUAUGUCUGGUUGUCGUGGCGUUAAUCAUCUACAGAAAGAAGUUAAUAAAAUACGUACAAGGAUUUGUUGGAAAAGUUGGAAAGAUCAAACAGAAUGGACACAACAAUAUAACAAUAACACAACACAACAAUAUAAAUCGAAGCAUGGGAGAAGAGGAUGGAAAUGGAGGAAACAGAGAAUUGCAGAUUUUAACAGAAGAAGGUUCAAACCUGGUUUCCGGUUUCCUCCCAGGGUCCAAAAACAUGCAUGCUAGAAUUGAUGAUUCUAAAUUGCCCGUAGGUGUGAGUGUGUCUGGUUGUUUGUCUGAAUAUGUGGCCCGGCGAUGGACUGGUGAACUGUCCAGGUGAACCCCUGCCUCUCGCCUGAAAAUAGCUGGGAUAGACUCCAGCAGACCCCCAUGACCCUGCAAAGGAUAAAGCGGGUAUAGAUAAUGGAUGCAUGGAAGUUUCAAACCUUGCACAGUAAAACUACUUCCUGCAUGUCACAUCUGUUUACUGUUGAGUAAAUGUGCUUCAGAGUCCAGUUAAAGUCCAGCUGGAAGCUGACACGUUGUCUUCACAGUGUUCAGAAAUCCCACAAUAAGCUGCUUCACCUCAACACGUACCAUCCAUCUGAUCUCACUGUGCACAGAUUAAAUUAGUGAAGGAAGUGACAUCAGGGGAAACAUCUGCUGAGGAAUCAGUAAAGUUUGAUCUUAAAAAUACAGACUGGAAUCUUUAACUUGCAGCAGAAAUGAUCAUUAAACUCCCUGCUGACGGCGUCGUGCUGCAUGAGACUUUUUAUCUGGACGUUGUUGACGUUGAAGACAGAAACUAACCUGACAUGGGAGAGACUGAAACCAUCAAUGCAUCAUUACUGGAAUACCUGCUGAUAUCAUCAGACAGGAAGGACAUAUUUUCUGAACCAGAAAUCCUGAUCCAGACAGCUGACAGCUGCUUGAUGAAGAAGAGAACGCUGUUGCCUCACAGAGGGAAGGUUUCAGGUUCAAAUCCUGGCUGGAACUGUCUAUGUAUGGAGUUAGAAGGUUCUUCACGUGGUUUCUUCAGAUACUCCAGCUUACAGACCAGCAACCAGCAGGUUCUGGAGACGGGAGUCUAAGUUAACUGUCAGAGUGAGCAUCAUUGUUUCUGUGGGGUCCUGUGAUGACCUGCAGACAUGUUCAAUGUACCACGCCUUCAGCCUGAUGGCGGUGAGACUCACUUCACCAUAUGUUUUCAUGUACUUUGGAGUUUGUAAAAGUGUUUGAUAUCUUGUAAAGGUUUUUUUAUAGUUGUAAAUAAGCUUGUGUUUUCUAUCAGUUUGUUUUAUUUGUACAUUUAUUUUCCUAACUCAUUCACUGCAGUAAGGCCAGGCAAGGCAAGUUUAUUCAUAUAGCUUAAUUCAACAACAAGGUGAUUCACAGUGCUUUACAAAGAUAUUAAAACAUACAUAAAAAGCAUGAUUUAAAGUUUAAACAAAUAAUAAGACUUCAUCAGACAUCACUUAAAAAUGAUUUAACAAAUGAGAUGCAAUAAAAUAAAGUUUGCAGUGCAUUGUGGGAGAUUACUGAAAUGCAGCAGUAAAUAAAAAUGUUUUCAACCUUGACUUGAAGCAGCCCUGAUGCAUUCUGGGAGUUUUUUCCACAGGUGAGGAGCAUAAAAGCUGAGCGCUGCAUCACCGUGUUUGGUUUUAAGUCUGGAUACAGAAAGUAGGCGUGACCCUGACGGCCUGAGGGUUCUGGUUGGUUCAUGAUGGACCAGGAGAUCAGAGAUCUAUUAUGGACCGAGACCGAGAUUUCUAAACCAACAUCUGGACUUAACAUCUGUAACAUCUGACAGGAAAACCAGUAAAGAUCUAAGAACUGGAGUUGUAUUGUCCACUCUCUUGGUCUUAGUGAGGACUCAGGUCUUAGUGAGGACUCAGGUCUUAGUGAGGACUCAGGUCUUAGUGAGGACUCAGGUCUUAGUGAGGACUCAGGUCUUAGUGAGGACUCAGGUCUUAGUGAGGACUCAGGUCUUAGUGAGGACUCAGGUCUCCUGGUCUUAGUGAGGACUCAGGUCUUAGUGAGGACUCUGGUCUUAGUGAGGACUCAGGUCUCCUGGUCCUAGUGAGGACUCAGGUCUUAGUGAGGACUCUGGUCUCCUGGUCCUAGUGAGGACUCAGGUCUUAGUGAGGACUCAGGUCUCCUGGUCCUAGUGAGGACUCAGGUCUCCUGGUCUUAGUGAGGACUCAGGUCUCCUGGUCUUAGUGAGGACUCAGGUCUUAGUGAGGACUCUGGUCCUAGUGAGGACUCAGGUCUCCUGGUCUUAGUGAGGACUCAGGUCUUAGUGAGGACUCUGGUCUUAGUGAGGACUCUGGUCUUAGUGAGGACUCAGGUCUUAGUGAGGACUCUGGUCUUAGUGAGGACUCUGGUCUUAGUGAGGACUCAGGUCUUAGUGAGGACUCUGGUCUUAGUGAGGACUCAGGUCUUGGUGAGGACUCUGGUCUUAGUGAGGACUCAGGUCUUGGUGAGGACUCUGGUCUUAGUGAGGACUCAGGUCUCCUGGUCUUAGUGAGGACUCAGGUCUUAGUGAGGACUCUGGUCCUAGUGAGGACUCUGGUCUUAGUGAGGACUCAGGUCUUGGUGAGGACUCUGGUCUUAGUGAGGACUCAGGUCUUGGUGAGGACUCUGGUCUUAGUGAGGACUCAGGUCUCCUGGUCUUAGUGAGGACUCAGGUCUUAGUGAGGACUCUGGUCCUAGUGAGGACUCUGGUCUUAGUGAGGACUCUGGUCUUAGUGAGGACUCUGGUCUCCUGGUUGCUGGUGCAACAUUAUCUCAGUUUUAUUUGUUCUUCAAUUUCUUUACAAUCUUCUUUUCUCCACAAUAUCUCCAUGCAUCGUUUUAAACGAUUUUAGUUCUUUUAAACGUUUUUUCUCUUAGACUAGCAUUUUAUUAUUACUGUUUUAACUAUGUAUUGUGGAGCACGACCCAGCAUAAGCUUUUCACAAUGCAUGUACUUGUACAUUCUGUGUGACAAAUAAACACCUUGAACCUUGAACCUUGAACCAUCAGUUUUAGGACCUAAUAAAAUGUCGGUACUUAAACACACCUAUGAAGCGUAUCUCAGCACUGGCCACGCCUACGUGUAGAGCUCUGAGCUCCUUAUUAUAUAAUGUAAGGACAGUUUAUAGAGCAUAGUGCAUAGCCCUUUAUUUCUGAAUAUACACCCAAUAACAUAUGGAGGGUAUUGUGGGUUCAAUGUGUUGCCCAAGAGUCGUACAAGGAAUGAGGAGUGAUCAUUUCCCAAUCAGAAAGAUAUGUUCUGCUUCCCCCUUACGCUUUUUGUGUCUUACAGAGGCCGUACUUCCUUUUUCAGACGGCUGUAAUAACAUGUUUUCUACUUUGACUUCAUGCAGAAGCAAUCCCAUCACAUGACUUGUGGUUGUUGGGGACACAGAGUGCUACCAGAGCAGACAGAGUGAUUGAAACACAUACAAGUACAGAGUACAGAGAACAGAGUUCAAGUGUGAUAAAUGAGUUGUCCAGGUUUCAGUUUUGUUAUUAGUGUUGACAAGCUGUUACUUUCACCUUUUCUUUUUUUUUUUAUGAGGGGGAUUUUUUAAUCUUUUGUAAUUUUGUACAGGAAAGAUUUUUGUUGGACUGUAAGAGCAAACAGACUGGCCUUUUUAUUUUGUAUAAUUUUAUUCUAUAUUUUUAUUUUGCUGUUCAAACCUUUUUUGUUUAAUAAACUAUAUUAUUAAGGAUUUUCUAUAUUUAU